GUCGUCGUCGUCGCAAUCGCCGCCGUCGUGGUCGCCACCGUCGCUGGCGCCUCCGAUCCGCAUAUCAUAUUAUAUUCCGUACCCCGCUGGACGACCGACCGGGUGAGUGUUCCCGGCGAUCGCGCUCGACACACGCAGCGCAGCAGCAGCACGAGAUUCACUUGCACCCCGGAGCAGUCGUCAUCGACAGGUUCCUGUACGGCAAAGGCCGAGUAAGAUGUAACGUGAGCGAGAACGAAACAAGACAACGCGGAACAAAGAAGCAAUACAAUAUAAAAUAAUCAUUUUUUAAAAAAAAUGGAGGAAACCAAAUGCUUUCAGAUACGUACUCGCCAAAAAUCAUUUUAUUAUGCUAGCGUCAUGAUGUAUUUGAUUUAUGCACAACUGAUGAUAUCCAUUGAUUCUGCGGCCCUUGUGGACGCCGUGGCCAACGGAGUGGCCGUCGAGGACAAAGUGACGUUACCGUCGAGGAACGAAGCGACAAACCCGUUAAAAGAACCGACGCCCAGCACGCUGCAAGGGGCGUUCUUGAGCGGCAACCUGACUGACGUCACCAACGGCAGCACCAGCACCUCGCCGGCCGAGGCGUCCGUCACGUCCACGACCGCGGCUGCGGCCGCCGAAACGGUUUGGAACGUGCAGACGGCCGCCGUGGCCACUCUGCCGGUGGACGGUCGCAAUUCGUCGGCGAUGGCCAUCAAAUCAGAACCGGCCACCACUAGCAGACCACCGGAAUCGUGGACGGACGUCGUUCAGACCAGCACCGAUCAACCGUCAUCGUCACAGUCGUCCGAAGAAUCGGUCGGUGAGGGCGAUUACGGUCGCGACCUGAACAACAAGAACCUCGUGGCCAACAUGCUGAAAAGCUGGUUCAACCACAAAGACGAUCCGGCCACACUGGCCGCGGCCGCCAACAAGGGAUACUAUACGGUGGCGACCAAAUAUAUGAUCAAGAACGGCGGGACCGAGAAGGAAAGAGGACCGGUGGCGUCUAACGGCGACGCGGAAGCGGAGCCCUCGUCCAAAGCGGUUACGGUGGCCGUCGUGGGUGGCAACAAGAGUCUGUUCGAACGGUGGGACGAGGCGAGCGAGGAACAGGAACGCGUCCUGGAGGACGCCAUGCGUUCUCAGGGACCUGCGGGUGAUGGCAAAGUCGGCGGAGGCGACUCGUCGGCGUCGUCGGCGUCGUCGUCCGUGUUGGCCGCCGAUCAAAACACGCCCAGCCGGUGGUUCGUGUUACUGUUGUCCGGCAACUCGACCGUGGCGCAGAUGCGACGCACCGACUUCGCCAAAUACCUCAAGCUGAACCUCGCGGCCAGGCUGUCGCUGGAAUAUGACGAGGUCAAAAUCAACCGCGUGUUGGUCGUCCCCCCGCGUCUCAUGGUCAACGUCAGCGUGGUGCCCGUUUCCGAACGAGCCUCGUCGGCCGCGUCCGCAGCCGCCGUGGCCGCUAUCGCGUCUUCCUCGUUCUCGUCCUGGUCCCCGUCAGCUUCCGACAAGACGGCGGCGGCGGCCAUCUCCGAUCGGGUGGUCGAGGACGAUGACCCGUUGCACAACCUGGUCGAAACCAACGCCACGCUGAUGGAACUUUCCGGAGAAGAAUAUCGGGUGGAGAGAUUCAUGUCGCUGAAAUCGCAAAAGCCGCAAUCGCUGGAGGAGGCGACGGCCGUGGUGAGUGACCGGCACGCGGACAUCGACUUCUUCAUAUACGCGACGGUGGGCCCGCUGUGCUUCGUCGUCGUGCUCGGGUUCUUGUUGUUGACGCUGUACAAAUACGUGCGCAAGCAUCCGGUCCAGUGGCCGUGGACGCGCAAGUUCCGGCACCCGUCGUCGUUCUGGCCGGGCGGCGGCGAACACCAGCACCGCCACCGCCGGAUGACGGACGACUGCGGCGGCAGCGGGUGCGACUUUGGGGGGGCGUCGUCGUCGGCCGACGACCAGUCGCCCGGCUGCGGUUCGGUGAACGUCAUCUACUCGGGCGAGUUCGAGCAGAGCCAACAGCAGCAGCUGUCCGGUUCGUGGUUGGACGACGCCAGCUUCGUGCCCGACGACAGCCUGGACAGGAUACGCACGCCCACGCUGCGGCGGACGGUGCCGCCCAAGAACAAGACGUUCACGGACAUGCUGCAGCAGUGCGGCGGCGUGGACGGCGACGGAGCCGGUGUCGCGGGCGUGGACGGUGGCCGCGGCCCACACGCGCACCGUCACCGAUCGCCGCGCGACGUACAGUGCGCGGCCGCCGUGCACCACGCGCAGAGUCCGCGUCUCAGCCGGGACAACAAGCUGCGCAUAUUGGGAUGCAAACAGUCGUGUCUGUUGCUGCCCGCCGUACAACCGGUGGCCGCGGACAACGCGACGGUCGCGACGACGGCGGUGGCCACGUCGCCGACAUCGUUGUCGCCGGCGUCGUCGCCGUCCCGGCAGCCCUGAGCGCGUACACUCCUCUCCCCUCGUCCUUGCCCCCCGUUCUCCCAUUCCCACCCCCCCGAUAAUACAGCGAUAGGAGCGACAUCAGAAAUAUUACGACACGCGUGUGUGCUGCACCGCGUUCUUGUGGAACGUCGGUCGGACGAGCGAUAGAUAACCGAGACGGACACGGUGGGCUGUGGUGAAUUAGUAUACUAUCUUUUUUACACGUUCUCUCACUGUCCCUCUCUGUGCCGCUGUCGCCGCUGCCUUUUAUCAAAAACAAAAAAAAAUGUACUAAAAAAAUUAUUAUAAUAAUAUGUUUAUUAAAAACGUAUACAUUGA